AUGUCAACAAUACCUACAUUUAAAUGCGUCCUUCUUGAUAUUGAAGGAACAACUACACCAAUUUCAUUUGUACACGAUCAAUUAUUUCCAUAUGUUACAAAUAAUUUGGAAAAUUUCUUGAAUAAAAAUUGGAAUUCAACAGAAUUACAACAAAAAAUUCAAUUAUUAAGGGAACAAGCGAUAAAAGAUGUAAAUGAUAAUAAUUUACCUGAUUCGGUUUUAAUCCCGGAAUCAAAAGAAAUUAAUGAAAUUAAACAUUUCAUUAUAAAAAAUAUUAAAUGGCAAAUGGAAAUUGAUCGAAAGAUAGGAUCACUUAAAUCAUUUCAAGGAUUUAUGUGGGAAUCUGGUUUUGAAUCAGGGGAAUUAAAAGGAGAAAUUUUUGAUGAUGUAUUGGAAGCAUUUAAAAGAUGGAAAGGAAUAAUUCAAAUUUUUAUUUAUUCAUCUGGUAGUAUUAAUGCACAAAAGUUAAUAUUUAAGAAUUCGGAUAAAGGUGAUUUGUCAAGUUACAUUGAUGGUUAUUUUGAUACUACCAUUGGUUCAAAACUUGAAAAAUCUAGUUAUAUAAAUAUCGCUAAAGAAAUUAAAGUCGAACCUAAUGAAAUUUUGUUUCUUAGUGAUAAUGUUAAGGAAAUUGUUGCUGCAAGAUCUGCUGGUUAUCAGACAGCUAUUAUGGAACGUAAAGGUAAUUCUCCUUUAUCCGAUGAUGAUCGUAAAAAUAAUAUUAUUCUUUCGGAUUUCCUUCAAAUAUUUUCUCAUGCUACUUUUUAA